AUGGCAGCUUCGGGUGAACCCUUCUACCUCAGAUAUUACUCCGGCCACUCUGGACGCUUCGGCCACGAGUUUCUAGAAUUUGAUUUCCGGGUUCUGGGGGACGGACGCAGUGCCUCGGCGCGUUAUGCGAACAACUCCAACUACCGCAACGACUCCUUGAUCCGGAAAGAGAUGUGUGUCAGCUCACUCAUGAUCGCGGAGAUCAAACGCAUCAUCAAGGACAGCGAGAUCAUGAAGGAAGACGACACGAAAUGGCCUCAGAAGAACAAGGACGGCCGCCAGGAACUUGAGAUCCGUAUGGGCAACGAGCAUAUCUCCUUCGAAACCGCCAAGAUUGGAUCCCUUGUCGACGUUACCGAGUCACAAGAUCCAGAUGGCCUUAGGGUCUUCUACUACCUGGUACAAGAUUUGAAGGCGCUCGUGUUUACUCUGAUAUCUCUCCACUUCAAGGUUGGACCUGCCUAUCCAUUUGCGCAUGCUGGAACCUCUGCUGACAGGAGCGUUGAACAGAUCAAGCCGAUCUAA